AUGCGGACACGAAUUGUGUUCGAUCUAGGCCUGAGACGAAACAUCAAGAGAUACGCGCCACCAAUACAAAAGCAUGUCGAGACGAGACAGCCAAUGAGUACCGAUCCGGACGUCACUAAAAGCCUCGCGAGAGGCGGGCUAGUACCCGAGGAUAUUGAUUAUGUGAUCUAUUCGCACGUAACGUGGCUACGGCAGGUGCAUUGGGAUCAUAUUGGCGAACCUCGGGACUUUCCUACAUCUACCUUCGUCGUCGGUCAUGGUUCACUUGCCUUGCUGGAUGGGACAUCGUCGUCUUUACGCGGUGGCCAUUCUUUCUUCGAAAGUGAUCUUCUGCCAGGAGAGCGGACCAUUGAACUAUCGGAACCUUCGGCAAACGUGUUGAAGAAGCACGAUUCAUGUAGGGAAACGAGCGAUAUCAACUUCGGUGGCUCGUGGCAAACGCACGGAAACCUCCCUCAGACUUUGGAUGUCUUCAACGACGGCUCACUGCUCAUCGUCGACGCACCCGGUCAUCUACCAGGACACAUCAAUCUUCUUGCUCGGACAUCUCCUGAUCACCGAAUUUACAUGGGCGGAGAUGCAUGUCACGACAGACGACUGUUGACCGGAGAGAAAACGAUCGGAGAGUGGAACGAUGCUCAUGGACAAGUCUGUUGCAUACAUGCCGACAGAAAGCAAGCCGAGGCGACGAUUGACAGAAUCAGAGCCCUGGAGAAAGAAGGCGUUGAGAUCAUCUUUGCACACGACGUUGAAUGGGAGAACGACCCAAAGAACAAGACGCGGUUCUUCGGCGCGGAGCAAAGCGUGGAUGGUUAG